AUGUCAACUAUUACUAUUGCUCAGCUUAAUUAUGCAUCUUUACAAGUUAAUCGUUAUUUAUCUGUUACACUUCUUAUUUUUGGUGUAAUUGGUAAUUUAUUAUCUUGUCUAGUAUUCAUUCGACGAGCACUUCGUUCAAAUCCAUGUGUUAUGUAUUUUUUAAUAGCUAGCAUAGCAAAUAUAAUUUCUCUCAUAUCCGGUAUUCCACCGCGUAUGUUAAGCAAUUGGAAUAUAUAUCCUGAUCAUACAGAAACGGUUUCAACACUUUGUAAAAGUCGUAUAUUUGUAUUGUUAACAGCACGUAAUAUUGCUUCAUGGCUUUUAGUUUUUGCUGCAUUUGAUCGAUAUUUAGUAUCAUCACGUAAUGCUAAUAUACGACGAAUGAGUAAUACAAAACAAGGACGAUAUUGGAUUCUAGCUGUUUGUAUUAUUUCUCUAAGUUUUUGGGCUGAAAGUUUAUAUUGUUUUGACGCCAAUGUUAUUGGUACUCCUAUUAAAUGUUAUGCUAAAUCAGAGAGUUGUCGUAUAUAUAACGAUUUAGCUCAAUCAUUUGUCACAACACUUAUUCCAUCAUCAAUAAUGUUCAUACUUGGUUUAUUUACUAUUAAUAAUAUUCGUCAAACCCGUCAAGUACAACCAUCAACCAUUGGUGGUAUCCCAAUAAGAAGAAAAUCAAAAACUGACAGUAAUCUUACUAAAAUGUUGUUAUUACAAGUUAUUCUCCUUACUGUAUUUAAUCUUCCACAAGCAAUACAAAAAUUUUAUUUAACAUAUACAUUCUAUCAUAUUAAAUCUCCAUUUCAAGUAGCAUUAGAAAAUUUACUUUUCAAUACUGUACUUCUUUUUACGUAUGUGCCAAAUUGUAUUUCAUUUUAUUUAUAUAUACUUGCAGGUGAUUUAUUUCGAACAACACUUUUUCAAAUUAUUCAAACAUUUAUACGACGUUUAAAAUGUUCACCGAAUUAG